UGUUCUUGUCUAACAAACAAACCGAACGGGCCCUACAAAAAAACAAAGUUGUAUGAGAAAUCGCAUAUCCUAAAACCCCGAGGGCGAGGGUUUAAAGAAGUAGAAGCAAUGAAUAUCCAACAAUCAACAUUAACAUAAUGAUCCGAUCAAUUCUCUCAUCUCCCUGCCGCCGGAAUCUCUCUCCGUCUAAUCUCCGCCGCAUCUCUACCACGCCGCAUCUCAGCUUCUCAUGGAUGGACAAGGUCAAAGGAGUUCUUGGCCAGAAGACCGAAUCGCCAUCCUCACAAUCGGCCCAAUCAUUUACCCUUCUACGAUUUGCGGAGGAGAUGAGGAAGGCAAGGAAAUUGGGGACUUUGAAGCAGUUCGUAGUUGGGCGAAGCAGCGAGGCGACUUUUGGUGAUGCCUUUGAGAAGCAAGAGGCCAUUAUUCGAUACCUAGGCGGUGUUGAUCCUACUGGGGAGAAAAUCGAAACCCGUCACAAGCAGGAUGCAGCGAAACAAUGUAAUUGCACGCUGACAGAAGUUGAGAAUACCUUAGCUAAGUUUACAUGGGCCAAACAAGCGCAGGGAAAGCUUGAACAACUUCAUGCAGAAGGCAAACCUAUACCAACGAGCAUGGCCGAGAUUCAGAAAUUGAUGGGAUCAUCUCCAUUGGAUCAUGCAAGAUCAAACAUGGCCAAAAGUGGGAAAACAAGUAGGAAUUCACCCUGCCCAUGUGGUUCUAAGAAGUUGUACAAGAGGUGCUGCGGCAAGGACAAGAGCAGUUGAGUGCGGGAAUCCGUUGCAACUUGGGUUGUUGAGUUGAGGUGCAGGCAGUGGAAAAGAAGAAGCUGUGUUAGAACUUGCUUUGGAAGUGUGAGGCAUUGAAGCUGUUGUGAACUAACUUUCUCAUUUCUGCAGAAGAACUUGCUUUGGAAGUGGGUUGGCCAUGGCAGUAGCAUUACUAGAAUACAAAACCAUUUUUUAGAGGGUUUAUUUCCAAAAUAAGAUUCACUGUUUGUUUGGAGGGUUUUGGAUCCUAAUUUUGACCCGUCUCAUCUCGUUUUAGUUGUUGUGUUUGUAUCUUUCUAACUGAAACUUGUUUCAACAUUUUUUUUUACUUUGACAGUAUUUAUUAACGUACAAGUUAAAGAGGAAAAAGACUUUAUUUUA